AUGAAUCCCAGGAAGGUGGCCAUCUUUGAUCACGGCACUUCAUUGAAGUCAAUGCUGGAGGCCCACCGGCGGGUGCACACGGGAGAACGGCCCUUCGACUGCUCGGACUGCGGCAAGAGUUUCAAGACGGCGGAUGUCCUGGAGACCCACCGGCGGUUGCACACGGGCGAGAAGCCCUAUGGCUGCUCCACAUGUGGCAAGAAUUUUGCCUUGUUGUCUGGGCUACGGCAGCACCGGCAGUUGCACACGGGCGAGAAGCCCCAUGUCUGCUCCACCUGCGGCAAGAGCUUUGCCCGGGUGUCGGCGCUGUGGGUGCACCAGCGGGUGCACAGCAGUGAGUGGCCCUUCACCUGCUCCGACUGUGGCAAAGGCUUCAAGUCGUCCAGGGAACUGAAGGUGCACAGGCACGUGCACACCAGCGAGCGCCCUUACACCUGUAGCGACUGCGGCAAGGGCUUCACCCAGUACAGCGGCCUGCUGGAUCACCAGCACACCCACACCGGCGAGCGCCCCUACACCUGCGCCCAAUGCGGCAAGGGCUUCCCAACCUCCACCAGGCUGCUGGUUCACCAGCUCACCCACACCGGCGAGCGCCCCUUCACCUGCGCCCAGUGCGGCAAGGGCUUCAGCCAGUUCUCCAGCCUGCAGAAUCACCAGCGCACCCACACUGGCGAGCGCCCCUUCACCUGCACCCAGUGCGGCAAGGGCUUCACCCUCUCCGCCACGCUGCUGAGGCACCAGCGCACCCACACCGGGGAGCGCCCCUACACCUGCGCCCAGUGCGGCAAGGGCUUCACCCAGUCCUCCAACCUGCUGGAGCACCAGCGCACCCACACUGGCGAACGCCCCUUCACCUGCGCCCAGUGUGGAAUGGGCUUCACCAUCUCCGCCACGCUGCUGGUGCACCAGCGCACCCACACCGGCGAACGCCCCUACACCUGCGCCCAGUGUGGCAAGGGCUUCACCUGCUCCAUCAGGCUGCUGUCCCACCAGCGGGUUCACACCGGUGACCGUCCAGUCCCCAGCCCAGUGUGUGGAGAGCACUCUGCCAUGGACUCCCACUCCCUGUGUCACCAGCACGUGCACACCAGUGUCCCGCCCUACGACUGCCCGUACUGCGGUGAGUCGUUUGACAGCUCGCGGGGGUUGCGGCAUCACCAGCGGGCCCACGUCGGCGAGCAGCUGCUCCCACUGUGACAAGAGAGCACGGGGGCGGCGGGAGCACCAGCGGAUACACACCGGAGAGAGACCCUUUGAGUGCGCUGAGUCUGGCAAGGGUUUCACUCG